AUGGACGUGCUGGGCCACAUGGAGAUCGCCGACGGCUCGCUCUGCUCCUUCUCGGCAGCCGACGACUUCUACGACGACCCCUGCUUCAACACGUCGGACAUGCACUUCUUCGAGGACCUGGACCCGCGGCUGGUGCACGUGGGCGGCCUGCUGAAGGCCGACGAGCACGGCCACCACCACCACGGCCACAGCCACGAGGACGAGCACAUCCGGGCGCCCAGCGGGCACCACCAGGCCGGCCGCUGCCUGCUCUGGGCCUGCAAGGCCUGCAAGCGGAAGACCACCAACGCGGACCGCCGCAAGGCGGCCACCAUGCGCGAGCGGCGGCGGCUCAGCAAGGUCAACGAGGCCUUCGAGACGCUCAAGCGCUGCACCUCCACCAACCCCAACCAGCGCCUGCCCAAAGUGGAGAUCCUGCGCAACGCCAUCCGCUACAUCGAGAGCCUCCAGGCGCUGCUGCGCGACCAAGAGGACGCCUACUACCCGGUGCUGGAGCACUACAGCGGCGACUCGGACGCCUCCAGCCCUCGCUCCAAUUGCUCCGACGGCAUGCUGGAUUAUAGCGGGCCCCCUUGCAGUUCCAGGAGAAGGAAUAGUUAUGACAACAGCUACUAUACAGAAACACUAACUGAUUCAAAGCAAGGGAAGAGUUCCGUUGUUUCCAGCCUAGACUGCUUAUCAAGCAUUGUGGAGAGGAUUUCGACAGACAGCACGGCUUGUUCCACCCUGCCCACAGUCGAAAGUGGAACCGAGGGGAGUCCCUGCUCUCUCCAUGAAGGGACAAGCCUGAGUGACACUGGAGCUCAACUCUCCUCCCCGACUAGCUGUACUCAGCUCCCUCAGGACACUACCAGCACCAGCAACCCCAUUUACCAAGUACUAUAAGGCCACAGCAGACACAAAUUGCAACAUUGAGAAAGCUCCAAGCUAGCCAGCAAAUAAUACUUAACUCUGUGUUCUGAAGACCGAAAAAGACAAUACUUUGGGGUUAUUGUUGCUUUUUUAAAACCAGUUUUCAAAUGUAUCUAAUAAUUCCUUUCAAAUAUAUAUAUUUAUAUAUAUUUUCCAAGCUUGUAUUACUUCAAAAUUCACUUAUUUAUUGGUUAUAAACAAAAGCUAUUUAAUUUGUAUAUAGAGGAAAUUUAGAAUCGUGUAUCAUGAGAUGGCCAAUGUUUAAUCUUUGCUUUCAAUGGGGCGGGGGGACCUUACUCUGGAAUGUCUUCUCAGAUCCUGUAAGAAAUAAACUCUUUCGGCAGUUCUGCA